AUGCCCGUACAUGCCGAGGAGAAAAAAUCGGAUAAUCAAGAAAUAAAUGAUAAUAGAAAUUAUUAUUGCGAUCAUCAUCGGAUUAAAUGUGUAGAAGAACCAUCAAUUGAGACAAAAAUAUCUGAUGAAGAACUUAAGAAAUAUUUAGAAUAUUUAAAAGAACUUGAUCGUAAAGAAUCGCAAUGCAACGUUGGAAGAAAUGAUAUGGAAAAACGUUUCGAAACGAAAAAACGUUCAAAUGGGAUUUAUUGCAUCAUUCUUAAACUGUGGAAUCAUCAUCGGCUUUUCUGA